CCUGUUAUGCAAAGUAGACACUUAUUUAUUUUGACUAUUUAUAUCAGAAGACACGUUAUUAGAUGUAUGAACAAAGAUUUAUUAUUACGUGGCAUAACUUUACUUCAAUUUGAAGUACACCUGGGAUUACAAUAUUUUCGCUGAAAGGGAAGUGAAGUUUGUUUUAUUGUAUGAAGAUAAGUAAAACCUAUACUUUCUAUAUUGAAUGACGCCAAACUUAGCUAAAUAAGGAAAAUAUUUCUGCCUAAUCGAAAUAAUUCAAAAUCUUGUCAAUGCUCCAUUGUAACAGUAUUAAUCAUAUCAUUUAAACUACAAAGAAAUUUUGUCUCAUAGUACGUGCAUGAUUAUAGGGACAAAGUGUUCUUGAUAGCACAAGAUAAAAACCCAAAAGAUAACACUGUGAAGCAAAACAAUUAUUGAUGAGCACUUAAAGAAGUAAACAGAGGUGGGAAAAUGAUAAAAGUGAAGAUGAAUCUUUUAAUGGUAUCCAUGUUGUUGCUAUCAAAUACAGUCAGUGCAUCGUUUAAGAAAAAAAACUCAAAGGCUCAAUGUUCAGCAAGCUGUGGAAUUCCUGGGGUUCCAGGAGUUCCCGGUGUACCUGGAGCAGCCGGAGGAGACGGUUUGAAAGGAGACGUAGGAUCUAAAGGAGAAAAAGGUGAACGAGGUAAUCCUGGUCCUUCGUUGAAAAAUGACACGAGCCUUUCAAGUUGGAAACAAUGUGCUUGGAAAAGAGGCGAUGGUAAAGAUGAUGGAUUAAUUCAGAAUUGUGUAUUCACAAAAAAGUUUGACAACACUUCCCUUCAAGUGUUUUAUGGAGGAAACUUGCGAAUUUCAGGUUGCAAUGGUUGUUGCAAACGUUGGUAUUUUACUUUCGAUGGAGUUGAAUGUAACAACCCUUUUCCUAUUGAUGGAGUUCUUUACAUGGCCAAUGGAAAGUCACAAAAUAUCCAUCGACAUCGUCACAUUGAAGGAUAUUGUAACAAAAUCCAUAAAGGAAAAGUGCAAGUUGGAUUCCGGGUCGGCAAUUGUGCAAGCUAUGGUAAUGCAGAUGCAGAGAGUGGAUGGAAUUCAGUUUCUCGUAUUGUUAUUAAAGAGGUUCCUCCUCCACAAGAAUAAUUCCUUUAUUCACUUUUCCAUUUAACUCUAUUUUAUGUUAAAGCUUCCGUUUAGUUAAAAAUUCAUGUGUAUUUUAUGACAAUAAUUCAGUUUUCUAAUUUUAACGAUUUGAGUAAGUCUAUUAUUUACUCCUCAAUGAAUAAUACUAUUAAUGCCAGAUAAAACGAAAAUAAAUUGAUUAAAAUUUUGAAUUCAAUCAUAAA